AUGUUUGGCUGGUUUCUGGUGUAUAAAGGGCUCACUAUCACCGAGUCCUUUGGAUGGUCCUACAGGGACAGCACUGGUAGUCCUGUGCCCUGUCCGGUGGGAACAUGGUCUAACAGCACAGGACUAAACAGUGCUGAGGAGUGUCAGUCGUGCCCUGGAGGGUUUUACUGUGCCUCUACUGGUCUGACUGAACCCAGUGGACUCUGCUCUAGUGGGUUUUAUUGUGCAGAGAAAGCUGAGACUCCCACCCCUAUUGAUGGGGUCUCUGGCCACAUCUGCCCAGAGGGUCAUUACUGUCCUCCAGGAACCACUCUUCCUGUGCCAUGUGAUCCUGGGACUUUUGUAACCGUCACUCAGGCCUCUCAGUGCUGGCCCUGCACAGCCGGCUGGUACUGUGUGGAUGGAGCCCGGCUGCUGUGCCCAGCUGGUUUCUAUUGUCCUGAAGGCACAGGUUAUGCCUGGAGGCCUUGUCCGAUGGGGACAUACAGUCCUGACUCUGGUUUGAGCAUCCUCUCUGAAUGUAGGGAAUGUGAUGGAGGACACUACUGCUCUCUUCAGAACUCCACCUCUGUCACAGGAAAAUGCUCUGAGGGAUAUUACUGCGCACAUGGAAACAUCUCACCUCAACCUCGCACACAGUCUGCAGGAGGGGGACCUUGUCCUGGGGGUCACUUUUGCCCACAAGGCACUGCUCAGCCUCAGCCUUGUCCAGAGGGUACUUUCAGUAACAAAACCCAACUGGUCAAAAUGGAAGAGUGUUUGUUAUGUCCUGCUGGCCAUUAUUGUGACAUAUCUGGGCAGACUUCGCCCAGUGGAGAAUGCUGGGAAGGUUUUUACUGCAAACAGGGAGCCGUACUCCCCAACAGCCUAAUCAACGAUCACAGAGGAGGACCGUGUCCGACAGGUUAUUUUUGCUCUAGAGGCUCAGGCGCUCCUCAAGCCUGUCCAGAAGGAUCCAUCAGCAGUAGAGAGAGACAGGCCAGCUGCAGCCUGUGUCCCCAGGGUUACUACUGUCCUGCCAAUGGUUCCUCAUCUGAGGGUAUUGAAUGUCCAGUGGGCCAUUAUUGCCCCAUGGGCACCCAUCUUCGAAAUCAGCACCCCUGUCCAGCAGGGACUAUUAAUCCCCGUACAAGAAUGAGCAGCCGUGAAGACUGUUUACCCUGUGCUCCAGGUUUUUUUUGCGAGUCUCCUGGAGAAAGUGAUGUGUCUGGACCGUGUGCAGCUGGACACUUUUGUCUCUCGGGAGCCGUGUCCCCUACACCUUUGGAUGGAAGAAUGGGUGAUAGAUGUCCUCAAGGACACUACUGUCCUGUAGGGUCCUCGUCCCCCGAGCCAUGUCCAGAAGGCUACUACAGCAACAGCAGCAGGAAUACUAAGCUAUCUGACUGUCUGCCCUGCCCUCCAGGAUUUGCUUGUUCCAGUAGGGGGCUCUCCUCACCUUCUCAUGUGUGCCAGGUUGGCUACUACUGCCCACAGGGGCAAAAUUCCAGCCAUCCUGCUCAGUUCAUCUGCUCACCUGGGUAUAUGUGUCCACCUGGCAGCCCUGCCCAGAUCCCCUGUCCACUUGGGACAUAUCAGAACCUCCAGGGGCAGGCAGAAUGUUCUGUGUGCCCGCCUGGAUAUUUUUGUGCUGGUUCAGACACAGUAACAGGUGGAACUUCUACACCUGUGGCCUGUCCUAGGGGAUAUUACUGCCCUCCAGGUUCAGAGUCCGGAGUGAGCUUCCCCUGCCCUGUGGGAACCUUUAAUGGUCAGCUAGGCCUGUCUAGCAAGAAUCAGUGUAUGUCCUGCCCCCCUGGUAAAUACUGCAGCUCCUCUGGCCUGGACGCCCCUACAGGCAACUGUUCUCCUGGUUACGUGUGUAACCAGGGUGCCUCGCUCUCAGAGCCAGUUGGAGAUUCCACGGGAGGCAGAUGCGCAGCUGGCUUCUAUUGCCCAGCGGGUGCCAGCCAUAUGGAGCCCUGUCCUCUGGGCACAUUUGGCUCAUUAGAAGGAGCAGCAUCAGUAGAGAUGUGUCAGUCGUGCACACCAGGACAGUACUGUGCAGAACCUGGGCUGAGUUCAUCCUCUGGGCCCUGUAGUGCGGGAUACUACUGCAUUCAAAGAUCACACACAUCUAUGCCUCAGUACCACAAUGGCACAGAUUGUGAAGAACCUGGAACUCAUACAGUGGAGGAUGUCUAUUCUCAGAUUCAGUUUAUUGGCGAUGUGUGUCCUGCAGGGCACUACUGUCCAAUUGGCAGCGCACGACCAGAACCCUGCCCGCCAGGCUCCUUCCUGGGCCAGCGUGGUGCUGUAUCUGAGACAGACUGUCAUCCAUGUACCCCUGGAUUCUACUGUCCAGACUGGGGUCAGAGUUCUGCAGAGCUCCUCUGUCCUGAAGGCAGCUUCUGUCCGGCAGGUUCUAUAACCGGACAUCAACCCGACCGUCAGUGUCCGUCUGGUCACGCGUGUCCGUAUGGCAGUGUCCGGCCUGCCAUCUGUUUGCCUGGUACUUAUCAGCCUCUGCCAUCCCAGCCUUCCUGCAAACCAUGCCCACCAGGUUUUUACUGUUUGGAGGGUUGCACCACUCCGCUUCCCUGCCCUGCGGGCACUGCAAGUAUGAUUGAGGGUUUGCAAUCUCAACUGGAUUGCUCUCUAUGUCCUCCUGGAUUCUACUGUAACACCAGCGCACUAAUCAGCCCCACCGGACCCUGCUCUGCAGGCCAUUUCUGUUCAUCUGGAGCCACAGAGCCUGCCCCAGUCUCUCAGAUGUAUGGGGAUAUAUGUCCAGCAGGACAUUACUGCCCCGAACAGAGCAGUGCUCCGUUACCCUGUCCUGCCGGUUUCAUUCUCCAGGACAAAGGAGCCACUUCUUCUAAUGACUGCUUCCCUUGCCCUCCAAGCAGAUACUGCAUAGCACCAGGCUCCUCUCAGCCCUCAGGAUUUUGCGCUCCAGGUCACUAUUGUAUCAGCAGCGCAGAUAGCGCAGCACCUCAGGCCUCAAAUGCUCAGAAGGCCUGUUUUUGUGACCUCGUACCUUCAUCCCAUCUCCAAAUGUAUGAUCUUUGCUUUCUGAAGCACAACAUAACCUGCUCAAUUCACAUUUCAGGAGGUGGUGCUGGAGUCUGGACCGAUCUGGAUCCCAGACCUCUAUUAGAUUUAACCGAGUCUGAGGGUUAUUCAGAAUCACCUCUACAAAUCACAGAAACAUGCACUGGCUUCAAAGGAGACCUAUGUCCUAAAGGGUCUUAUUGCCCAGUGGGUUCAUCUCUUCCUCAGCCCUGUGAUUCAGGCUCUUAUUGUAAUCAGACUGGCCUGCACACUCCUGCAGGCCUCUGUUUUGCUGGAUUCUUCUGCCCCACCGGCUCCUCAAAUCCCAGUGCUAUGCUUUGUCCUCCUGGACACUACUGUCCCCGGGGCACACCGCUGCCUCUGCCCUGUCCACCUGGCAAAAUAAGCAGCUCUGCCGGGGGAUCCAUUGCAGACGAUUGCCUUAAAUGUCCACCAGGAUAUUUCUGUGAGCUAAGUGGCCUGACCGAGCCCUCUGGUCUGUGUUCUGACGGCUAUUACUGCCCUGGAGGACAGAACACAUCCAGACCACCAGAGAAUGUGUGUGGUGCAGGCCACUUCUGUGAAAGUGGCAGCGCCAUAGAGAGGCUGUGUUUUCCAGGAAGUUUCCAGCCCAGUCUAGGCCAGCACAAAUGUGAGGUGUGCCCUGCCCGCUUUUUCUGUCCUGAAAAUGGUAUGACGCACCCACUCCCAUGUCAGCCUGGAUUUUAUUGUCCGGUUGGGGCAUCUAAUCAGCAUCCAUGUCCUCCAGGGAGUUAUGGGAACCUGUCUGGAUUGGCUGAGUCUUCUGAAUGCUCUCAAUGUGACCCUGGGACCUAUUGUAUGGGGUCAGGAAAUGUGUCACCAACUGGCUCAUGCAGUGCUGGAUUCUUGUGUUUUGGAGGAGCCAUCAUUCCCUCCCCAAAUGAUAAUGAGACUGGAAUACCAUGCCCAACUGGGUCUUACUGUCCAGCUGGGAGUUUUUCAGCAAUACCCUGUGUCAUGGGAACAUUUAGUAAUCAGCGUCAAUUGUCAGACGUAAGUCAAUGCCAGAACUGCACACCAGGGUUUUAUUGCUCAGAGCCAGGCUUGACCACAGUCACUGGACCCUGCUUGCCAGGGUUUUACUGCAGUGAGGGAUCUCCGACUUCAGCUCCCGUGUCAGCCGUCUAUGGUGAUAUUUGUCCUCCAGGUCACUAUUGUGAAAUUGGUAGUGCUGUGCCAACUCCCUGUCCAGUGGGCAGCCGGAGCCCUGAUAGUGGGGGAAAGGGCACAGAUGACUGCAUGCCUUGCUCUGGAGGUCAGUUUCAGGAUCAGAAGGGACAGAGUGAGUGUAAACCCUGUCCUCCAGGUUUCCAUUGCAUCAACCUCACAAGAGGUUUUAUGGGGGUCAGCACUCCUUUGGUCUGUCCUGAAGGUUUUUACUGCCCCAAUGAGACUCAGUCUGGAAACCCAGUUCCAUGUCCCAAAGGCACAUACAGUGAUUCUCUUGGCCUCAUUUCAGCAGAGCAGUGCUUGGUAUGUCCUACGGGCCAUUUCUGUGGUUCAGAUGGACUCUCUGAGCCAUCGGGGCCUUGUGCCCCUGGAUUCCUCUGUUUUGUGCAGGCCACAGUUCCCAACCCCACUGACAACAGCACUGGCACUUUGUGUCCACCGGGGGUGUACUGCCUUCUGGGAACAAGAGCAGGUGAAUGUUCUGCGGGCUACUACUGUGACUGGGGCUCCAGCAGUCCGGAGCAGAGUCUCUGUCCUGCCGGUUUCUAUUGCCCCACAGGCACACACAAGCCCCUGGCUUGCACUGCAGGCACUUACAGCUCCGUCAUGGGCAACAGCCACCGAGAAAACUGUGAGCCAUGUCCAUUAGGCUACUACUGUCAGGGGGAAGCAGUAGCAGAGCCUCUUCCAUGUCCACCGGGGCAUUUCUGCCCCACAGGCACAUCACAGGGCACUCAGUUCCCCUGCCCUCCAGGAACAGUGCAGCCACAGUCUGGGACAGCCAGUAUAGAUACAUGUCUACAAUGUCCUGCAGGCAUGUUUUGUGCUCGUCAUGGUCUUUCAGAGCCUACAGGGCGCUGCCAGGAUGGAUUUCACUGCCCUUCGGGUGCCACAAGCCCCAACGGCACUGGAAAUGUGAUUGAAUCUACAGGCAACAGCAUGUGCCCGCCUGGCCAUUAUUGCCCAACUGGUAUCGGCUCUCCUCUCCCAUGCCCCGCAGGAACAUUCUCCAGCUCCCCAGGGUUGAGUGGGGCAGAGCAGUGUCAACCGUGUCCUCCUGGGUACUUCUGUGAGAAAACUGCAAUGGUCCAUCCAUCAGAAGCAGCUCUCUGUGAUUCUGGAUAUGUGUGUAUCAAUGGAAGUCGUAGUGCUCGACCGGUAGAUGGACUGCAGGGUUAUAUUUGUCCAAGUGGACACAGUUGUCCCAUUGGUACUACAUUGGAAGUGCCUUGUGAGCCUGGCACAUACAGCAAUGCUCCUGGUGCCGCCCACUGUCUCUCAUGCCCAGCUGGCACUAUGUGUCCUUCCCCUGCCACACAGGAUCCAUCCCCAUGUCCCAUUGGUCAUUUUUGCCCUGUUGGCACUGCUGCAGCUGUACCCUGUCCUGUGGGAACGCUGGGACAGGUUAGCAGGGCUCAGUCGGAGGCUGCUUGUGUGCUCUGCCCUACCGGCCUCUACUGCAGUUCACCUGGAACAUCACAACCACAGGGCCAGUGCCAGCAGGGUUAUUUCUGCCAAGGAGGGUCUCCAAAUCCUGCACCUCUCAAUACAACGGGCUACCUCAGGAAUGGUCCCUGUCCGCAGGGUCACUUUUGCCCUUCUGGAACCCUAAUGCCUCUGCCUUGCCCAGCAGGCAGCAUUCGCAACCUUACCGGGGGUUACUCCAUAGAAAGUUGUCUUCCCUGCCCAGCAGGGCAUUACUGUGCUAGCGAGGGUCUGGAUGCUCCAACUGGACCCUGUGCUGCAGGCUUUUACUGCCCUGUAGAUUUCUCCUCCACCACCCCGCAUGCCUUCCUCUGCCCCAAGGGUCAUUACUGUCCCUUGGGCUCACCCCUGGCCUUGCCCUGUCCCACGGGACAGUACCAGCCGAAUCCAGGCUCGGAUAACUGCAUCCCCUGCCGUCCAGGCUAUUACUGUGAGGAGGCAAUUAUUGGAGACCCCCGGCAUUGCCCACCACACUCCUACUGCCCUGCAGCAACAAUGGUUCCUCAGCCUUGUCCCAACGGCACAUACACCCCACCUGAGGUCGGGGGUCUGCAGGAGGAAAGAGAGUGUUUGCCGUGUCCACCAGGAAAGUUCUGCAAGGCUGGCCAGGUAAAAGGCCUGUGCGCAGCUGGAUUCCUGUGCAUCUCUGGCAGUUCAGAGUUCACCCCUCAGGCCGCUUUUCUGCUUAACAGAGACCAGUGUGAGUGGGGAGCACAGUGUGCUGGACUGUGUCCUGCUGGCUUUUAUUGCCCUGAAGGCACAGAGGAACCUUUAUCUUGUCCUGCCAACACUAUAAGAAAAACCCCUGGAGCAAGUACAAUACAUGACUGUCUGCCUUGUCCUCCAAGACACUGGUGCCAAGAGGGUGAUCCCAUCCCACACAUGUGUCCGCCAGGCUAUUACUGUGAUGGCAUAGCUGAUUAUGAGUCUGAGGGGCGGCCAGGGCCUAGAGAAUGCCCCUCCUUUACAUACAGGCCCACGUCUGGGGCAGGAAGCAAAGGAGACUGUCUUACCUGCCCUCCUGGCACUUUUUGUAACUCUACAGGGCUCACUGAUUUCUCAAGCUUCCUUUGUCCACCGGGUCAUUGGUGCAGUGGGACAGGUUUCCCCGUGCAGUGUCCUGCAGGCACCAUGAGGGCACAAUCAGGGGCAGCUGCUGUCAGUCAGUGUGAGCCUUGCCCUCCUGGUACCUACUGCCCAGACCCUCGCACCACGGGCCAGCCUAAUACAGCAGGCAUCCCGUGUAGAGCUUCUUACGAAUGUCCUGCAGGCUCAGUCACAGAGACCCCUUGCAGAGCUGGUUCAUACUGUAGACCUCAGACAGGAGAUCCUACACCAUGUCCUGCAGGAUACUACUGUCCCGAAGCAUCUCACACCUACAGCUCACCACAGCAAGUAUGCACUUUUCCACACUACUGCCCAGCCAACAGCUCUGCCGUGCUGUCCUGUCCGGACGGCUGGAUGCCGCUGAACACCAGCGGGUUGAGGAAGUCUCAGGAGAGCAGCUGUGUGCUUUGUGGGGCCGGUACCUAUCGGCCCAGUAGCUCCCCUCACCUUCAGUGCCUCCUUUGCCCUCCAGGACAUCACUGCCCUCCGGGCUCACACCAUUAUGGUGAUCAACCAUGUCCAGUCGGAUACUUUUGUCCACAGGGCAGCUCCGAUCCACUUCCCUGCCCGCCUGGCUCAUAUGGAAACCGCACUAGUGCUGAAUCACUUGAGGGAUGUCACAAAUGCCCACCAGGGACCUUCAAUCACUUGCACGCCCAGAGAGCCUGUUUCCCCUGUGGGAGUUCGUCCACCUCAGAUGCGGGGGCGUCCUCUUGUACCUGCAUAGGCAAAAACCGUGCGUUCCAGCACUCAGAUGGGUCGUGCUUGUGUAAGGCCGGUUUUGUCUUUUACAAUGAAUUGGACUUCAAAAGCUCCAUCGCAGACAGUGAACUGGACUGUCAGCCAGAGGUGAAGAAGCGCUGUGGGGCAGGUCAAGUGAGACUGGCCUCUACUCUGGAAUGUGUUUUCCCAUCCUCCUACUCCUGUAACGUCACAUGUGGACCUCAGGGUGGGACACUGGAUGUCGGCAUGGGCAUUUGUCACUGCGAUAGGUACGUGUCAGCGGAAGAGCUGUGUAACUCCUCAUGCGUGUCCACACUCCCGGUGCUCUCUGCCAGACUGGAUACAGAUGGACAGCUGCUGCUGAGAAUCAAAGCCACAGAUGAAAGCAAAACCUGGAGCAGAAAUAUGAUGAAUGUACUAGGACCUGAUGUUCAUGUCAAGAACAUUGGAAGGAUACACUUUGUCCAGUUUGCUCCUGAGGGAGUGUUUGGUUGGAUUUUAAAAGACCCCGCGCUCAUUGAUUCUUUAGUAAGAGAACCAAUUGAAAUUCUGGAGAGAGAUUUCAGGAGAAAACGGCAUGCUGAUGAGAUUGAGGUUUCUGAACCUCUUCCAAGGAUCCCAAAUCCCAUCGCUUGUCUGUCUCCAAAUGAUAUGCUCAUCUUUCAGCUCACCAUCAACCACACAGACCGCCACUACAGUCACUUCCCAGUUUACCAGAAGGACCACCUGUUCAGCAGUAACCCUGGCUGGGAUUUUGGGGCAUUUAGACGUCUGCAGAAUCUUGUCAAACACACGCAGCUAAAUUCCAGCAGAUUUGCGCAUGUGUUCAUGGAGCCGGGAAAGUAUGUGUUCCUGGAUAACGCAGUGCCGGACUGGGGUCUGAUCGUGGUCGUGAGCGAACAGGGCUCCGAGUGCAGCCCCACAACGGCUGCGUUCCAGCCGACAACCCCUGCACAGCUUGUGAGACACGGGAUUGUUAAACAACACAGCUUAAACCUGCUUCCAGACUGGGGGAUCAUCACAGGGAUCUUGUCUCUGUUGGUGUUGCUGAUAAUAGUGUUGACGGCCUCUGCUCUUGUCUUGAGGCCUAAUCGGUCCAACCUCAUCGCUCAAGGGAGGCCAAAGCCCAAAUGGCGCAGUUUGGGUGAACCCAGUGUUCCUAUUGAAUAUGUUUAUAAUACAGAAAGUGUGUAUGGCUCUGAGCAACUAGGUCUGAGAGGGGUGGGAGAGGGAGCAGAAUCAGAGGAACCUGCUGUUUGUAAAGGAGGUUUCAGAACUACACUAAUGGAGUUGGAGGAGUUUAAUGUGAAAACACUGUAUGACAAGUUAGAGGAUCAGAAUUUACAUCUGGCAUCCCAGCUGGCAAAGCACCGCAAAGACACACAGGAGUUUUACAGGAACAUGUGCCAGCAAAUUGAUGCCUUGAGGGACACAUUAGAAAAUAUGGAACCCUCAAAACUAAACCAGCUGAAAAAAAUACUGGACAAUGAAGUUCCUAUGAAAAGAGAAACUGCUCAUGCAGAGCCGUGGAUGGGGCUGAUGGAGGCCGUGCUGAGAUCUUUGGAGGGAGUGCUGUGUAGGAUGAAUGGGGAGGUCUGGCAGCAACAGGACAGCACAGCAACAAACAGCCACAGAGACACUCGAGAGAGUGAACUUCACACCGGAGACACUCAGUUUUCUCCUGCAGACAUGUCAGAGUUUAAAGUGGGUGCAGAUGCAGAGGCAGCUUCCUCGGAUCCAGGUCAACAGCAGAGCACCAUCCCCUGCGUGAGUGAAGAGGAACUGGCCAAGUUCGUGUCUCUGACGCCUCUGUCCAAAACGCUGCAGGAAAUAAAGGACUCCCUCCAGACUCUCGCCUGCACGCCCGAGACAGAGGACGUGAUUAUCAGCCCAGCAGAGGGUGAACCGUCGCACCUGAUCCCUGUUGCCCUUGACAGCCUUUCCCCACAGCAUUUCGCUGUCUUUCUGUUUGGCUGCAAUGUUGUCCGUUUACUGAGCAGAGCUUGUUCCUUCCCCUCUGUCAUGCUGCUAUUGGCCAGGACCGUGCCAGUCUCUCGCUGUGACAAUCUGCUGGCCUACUGCCAUAAAGACUUUUAUUACGACACAGCCAAUCAAAUUCUGUAUAUCCUAGAGAAGAAGCUUCAAAACGCUGGCCAGUUCAUCUCCAUUCUCUUACACUCAAUGGCCUAUAUAACCUCAGGCUCAAAAUCUCUCGAAUUCAUAAAAGCCUUCCACUUGGCCAUUUCAACAUUAAGCAUGCAGUUGUUUCAUCACUCUUUCACUGAGGACCAGAGGAAAGCAAAGACAGAUGAGGAAAACACACCAGAGGCCUUUGGAACAUUAGUAGAGGACUUCUUCAGUGUAAAAAUACCUACUGAAACCCAUUUCACUGAGCACCUGCUGGCAGAGAGACUUCAAGUAUAUAAAUACUUCAAGUUGGAGCAGCUCCUCCAAGAACUAAAACCAACUCUAAAAGACAGACAUGGAGAUGGACGAAAGCAAACUGUCCUAAAGACUCAAGUCCCAGUGCUGUGUAUGGGAAGAGAAAUGAACAGACUUGAUGAAGUUUACCAGCAGCUCUCCUCUGAACUCCACAGGGCAACACAUAUACGCAGCUCACCGGAGAAGAAGGAGCCCAGGUUUGACAAAACGCUUCAGGAGCAGCAGGUGAUGCUGGAGCUGCAGAAGUGUACGGUGGAUCAGAGACUGAAGGAGAUGAGAGACAGACUUUAUAAACUGAGCUCGAGUCCUAAUGAAAACAGAAGAGCUCAGGAAGACAGCCAGACGCCCAGCAAACGCAAACCAGACAGCAGAGGAGCAGAGAAACAGAUCACAGCGGUGGGACAGUCCAGCAACAAGAAGCAGAGCAAGCGUAUGGACAAAGAUGAGGAAAAGAGUGUGACCUUGUGAGGAAUACUGUUUGAAAAUGGUGAUUAUUCUAAAAUGUUACAGUCAUUUUAGCCAUUUAUAAUGAUUGUGAAACGUGUGUGGCACAUUCACAGCCAGUCAGAAGAUGUUCAAUGUUAACGUACAUUCAUAAUGAACAGGGCAGGACUAAACAAAAUGUCCUUUCAGUUGACAUUUGUAGAGGUUAUAGACAAUUUAGUCACAACCCCAAAAUUGUAUUUUUUUCUGGUAUAUUUUUCAUUUUCAUUUAUAUGUAUGCGUGUAUUUACGCUACUGUUUAAACUUUUAGGGUUGGCAAGAUUUUUAAAGGCUGCAUUUAUUCCUAUUAUUAUUAAUUUGGAAAACAGUUGGUGCUGCUUAAUAUUUUUGUGAAAACCGAGAUUCUUGAAUGAACAUACAGUUCAGGAGAAAUGACCUAAUCAUCAUAAAA